AUGGCCUCUACCGCGCUCUUCUUCGUCUUCCUCGCCCUGGCCACCAUGCAGCCGCAGACCGCCUCGUCCGAGAAGGAGACGCACCUCAAGGUGUACUGGCACGACGUGGUGAGCGGACCGGACCCGACGUCGGUGCCGGUGGCGCAAGCGGCGACGACCAACACCUCCAAGACAGGCUUCGGCAUGGUUGUGGUCAUCGACGACCCGCUCACCGAGGGAGCCAGCCUCAACUCGUCCAGGCUCAUGGGCCGUGCCCAGGGCACCUACAUCGCCGCCGGCAAGGACCAGCUGGCGCUGCUGAUGAACAUGAACUUCGUCUUCACCGCCGGCAAGUACAACGGCAGCAGCAUCGCCAUUAUGGGUCGCAACGCCGUGUUCACCAAGGUCCGUGAGAUGGCUGUCAUCGGCGGUACAGGCGUUUUCAGGUGGGCCCGCGGGUACGCGCAGGCCAGGACGCACACCUUGGACCUCAAGACCGGUGACGCCACCGUCGAGUACAACGUAUUCAUCAGGCUCUAG